AUGGUCCAAAACAUGUUCACUAAAAACAGGAAACAUGUCACUUCAGUUAAUGGGGCAAUUUUAUACCAGCUGAGAGAUAGCUUUGGGGAAGAGAUGGUGAUGGCGGCCAUGGGAGUUUUACGGCGGAGGAGGAGCUCGACUCUCGAAAUGGAAGAAAGGAACUCUAGAUUGCACAGAGCUGUAACCAAGCCUCCAGCUCAGGUUAUUAGAGAAAUCCAAUCCACUAUACGAAGAAAGCUUUAUAUCCUUGACAUGGACUUGCGGACAUCUCCAACGCAGGGACAAGGCUCGGAUGAGACUUAUUUGUCUACUUGGUUCGGACUCUUUCAGCGGUGA